UCUCCCCGAAGGACAGCCAGGAACUGUCCUCCAUGGCUUCGUUGGUGGCGUACGAGGAUUCCGACUCAGAGGCCGAGCCUGAGCCUGGGGUGAGCUUUCACGCCGCUGGCCCAAGGAAUGCCCCUCCUGGCGGGGCCAGACCUCCUGGGCAGGAUUUUGCCUCUGGUAUACUGGAUGUGACCAAAGGGGGGACCCAGGCCACAAAGUGUGGUUCUUGUGAAAGUGCCACAGGCCGCUGCCUCCUGCUGGCUCCGCUCGGGAGCAGUGAUCCAGGGUCUUAUCCCAGCCAGAGGCUGCAGUGGCCCAGCCAGGAGCCAGAAGCCACUUACCCCACCAGCGGACCUUCUCGUCCUUUGUGGACAACCCAUGCUCCAGCCAGCCAUGUGCCCCUGGCAGCUGCCCGCUUGCAGCGAGUAAAACCCUCCUGGGACUCCCCCAAGUCAUCUUUCUACACUCAAAGCGAGUGUGAAGCCAUAGGCAGUAACAUCAACUCUUUUCCGAGGAAGCGAAGCGAAGAGUGCGUCAUACCGUAUACCCCCAAAAGACUGAGGCAGCUGCAGGCCCCCAGCUCUGUGGAGCCGCAGGGCCCCGCUGCAGGGCCCACCCCCGCUCCAGCCCCGCUCUCUGUGGCCCCCACAGUAUCCGAGUUCAUCAAGCCCUAUUUGGACAGUCAGUACAAAGAAACCAAGGUCCCCAGGAGGGUGCGUUUCCACCUGCAGGGCCACAGGGGCCCCGUCAACAACGUUCAGUGGUGCCCCGUCCUGUCGAGGAGCCACAUGCUUCUUUCAGCCUCCAUGGAUAAAACCUUCAAGCGGCGGCUUCGACUUUGCCCUGCACCUGACAGACCUGGAAACAGGAACCCAGCUAUUUAGUGGCCAAAGUGGCUUUAGAAUCACUACCUUGAAAUUUCAUCCGAAAGACCACAGCGUUUUUUUAUGUGGAGGCUUCAGCAACGAAAUGAAAGCUUGGGAUAUAAGGACCGGCAAGGUGGUGAGAGGCUACAAGGCGACCGUCCAGCAGACCCUGGACAUCCUCUUCCUCCAGGAGGGCUCCGAGUUCCUGAGUAGCACAGAUGCUUCCACGCGGGACUCUGCCGACCGUACCAUUAUCGCCUGGGACUUCCGGACCUCCGCCAAGAUCUCCAACCAGAUCUUCCAUGAGAGGUACACCUGCCCCAGCCUCGCCUUGCACCCAAAGGAGCCCGUGUUCCUGGCGCAGACCAACGGCAACUACCUGGCACUCUUCUCGGCCGUGUGGCCCUACCGGAUGAGCAGGAGGCGGCGUUACGAAGGGCACAAGGUGGAAGGCUACUCUGUGGGCUGCGAGUGUUCCCCAGGUGGUGACCUGCUGGUGACGGGCAGCGCCGACGGCCGAGUCCUGAUGUACAGCUUCCGCACCGCCAGCCGGGCGUGCACGCUGCAGGGGCACACGCAGGCCUGUGUGGGCACCACCUUCCACCCCGUGCUGCCCUCCGUCCUUGCCACCUGCUCCUGGGGAGGGGACGUCAAGAUCUGGCACUAGUCUCCUGUCGCUGGGCUUACCCCGUGCUGGCGGUGGCGGAGUCAGACCCGUGACCCUCGGUUUUCUCGUUUGUGCAGUGGGGACGCGGGCUGUGUCUCUCAGGGCUGUGAGACUGUGAAAACACUGGCCAGUGGUGUCAAUAAACGCGAGUGCUUUGCUGUUU